AUGAUGCCCAAUCAGGCAGCGGGGAGAUCAUGGAGAAGGCAAGGCGAGCAGAAAGCCGCAGCGGCGAUUGAAGUCCGGACAGCAAGCUCAAGCCGGGCGCGGCGGCUCGCCGUUGCGGCCGCUUUUGCUACCCCGAUGCCUCACAAGAAGGGCCGGGCACGGGAUGUGGUGCCACACCGCGAGCACCCCGCCUCCAAGAAAGCUUCAGCCGCCAAAGGCCCGGAACCGUUUCCGGCGCCCAAGCGGGCGACCUUGGAGGUGGCCAUGGAACUCGGGUGGAAGCUGCCGGCAGAGCUGUGGCUGAGGCAGAUGAUGCAAAAGGAGCAGACCUUGUGGCAGAAGCUCUGCAACCUGCACUUCCCGUCGAUGUACCUCUCGGUCUGUGGAGCUGCGCUCGAGUCAACUCAGCCCGAGUCGACAGACUGGAAGAUGCUCUUCGCCCGCAGGUGGCAAAAGCAGCGCCUCUGGGACAGGCGCCGCACCUUCUGCACCGCCUUCGCGCGCUGCGUGCUGUGCGGCGAGCUUGGCGAAGAGGGUAAGGACGGGGAGGCUUCGUGUCACUCCCACCCCGGGGACUUUUUGCCCCGCGCCGACGAUUUCGCCACGGGCGCCACAGCUGGGGCGCCGACAAGUGGGGAUUGGACCCGUGCAGAGUUGCAGCAGCUGCAGACCUACGCGCGAGCGGCCUGGCGCUCCAUCGGGAAUGCCACCAUCCGAUCUGCGGGCACCGCGCGAUUCCGCGGGGGCGGGUACUGGGCCAAAGGCUUGGGCUUCAAGGGCUGGGGCUCCAAGGGCCACUGGGCGGAGGGCCUGGGCGCUCGCCCGGGGAAUUUGAAUCUGCGGCUGGCGAUCGACGGGCACGUGCCUUGCGCGUGGGCCUGCUGCGGCGCCAACGAGCUGAUUACGGAGGGAUGCACCAAAGGAGCCCAUCGUUUUCGAUGA